UGUAUUCUACUACAUGUCUUCACAAACUAUGUAUAUAUCUGAAUAUCGAUCAAUUCUGAAGUACUGAUGGCCAAUCUAAUUUCUUGAGGUCCAAGAAUGUCAGAACAGUACAGAUAUCCCCCAAAUGACCCCUUUUUGCAAAGUAGACAGUCUGACGUAUUUCAUAACAGGCAUGGCGAGUUUUUUGAAGUUGAAAUUUUUUUGUCAUAAUUUUUCGGAUAUGAAGAAUAUUUUUUUUUUACAUACGGUCACC